AUGGAUUUAGAUAAAGCAAUUUCUAUGAUACCUAUUUGCACGGGCAAAAAGGACGUAGCCGAAUUUAUAAAUAUUUGUGAAAUCGCAAUUAAAGAAACAACGGAAGCAGAUACACCGAUAUUAUUAAAAAUAAUUACUUCUAAGUUAACGGGAAAUGCGUUAGAAGUAACAAAAUAUCGAAAUUUAGAAACAUGGGGAGCAAUAAAAACAAUAUUAGAAGGGGCAUUCGAACAAAAAGUAUCGGAGAGGGCCUUAUCAAUAGCUUUAAACACGGCACGUAUGGCCGAGGGAGAAAGUGUGGCAAAAUUCGCUAGUAGAAUCGAAGAGUUAUAUUAUAAACUCUGCGCGGCAAGUACGAUAGGUCUAGCUCAGGCCGAGGCAGAUAUAGUGAAAAAACAAACAAAGAAACAGGCAAUGAUCAUAUUUAUGACAGGGUUACCUCAUCACUUAUAUACAGUAUUGAAAAGUCGAAAUCCCAGUACAUUGGAACAAUGUUUCAAAACGGCGAUCGAUGAGAUGCUCGAAUAUGAGUCAAAAGUAGAAAUGGAUAAAUUGCAGAGACAAAUCGGUAAUGGAAAACAGGCGGACGUCAAUAACGAGGAAAAACGACAAAAUAGUGGUAAUACAAAUAACGCAGUUAAUCGCGGAGGAAACGGUAAUUCAAAUCAAAGAAUAAUAGUAAUAAUAAUGCUGUUGAUAAUGACAACUAUAGUGAGGCACUAUAGAUUAGUCAGGAAGGAGAGAUAUCGAUACCUAGUACGAACGUUAGAAUGUACGGGAAUGGAUACAAUACGAGCCCGCGACGAUAUAGAAACUUGUAGGGAAGAGGAGAUAACAGCACUGGUGAUCAUUGAUUCAGAUGGGACUAAGCUACUAGUGCAACUCAGUAACAGUACAAAUGAAGAACCGGAAUUCGAAAUGAUUUUGAGCGUUCAGGCGGGAGGUCGCCUGGUGGUAAUAGUAUUAAAAAAAAAAUGA